AUGAGCUUAGAGGAUAUCCAAAGUGAGCUUAAGCUGGCAACGUACUAUAAAGACACAGCAGAGGCAUUCAUUCCGUAUGAAAGCGUCCAAGAGAUAUGGGCCGGGGAUCGGCUGGAGCGGUUUUUGAAGAGUCAUGACCCAAGUUGGGGCACUCCAGAGAUAGAUGCAGUGCGGGAUGGCUUGUUGCGCACGAUAUCUAUCCUUGUGAGUAUCGCUCUCCACGACUGGUCAGGAUGGUCGAGACUCAGAGAGAUCUUUUUCCUGCAAGAUGAUGCUGUUACCGAUCGUCGCCGGGACAAAAAUACUCUCGUGCUCACCAAGGAGGAACUUCAGGACAACUCCUUUCUUGGGAACGCCCUCCUGGUGCGCGCCUUCAUGGAUGAUAGGUGGAUCUACUUUCCAAUUGUGCUGAAAGGCAAUAAGCAAGGCCCUUAUGGAGAAGACCUCCGCCUACCACUUUUUCAGGAGGAUCAUCCGGUUCGACAUGGUGGCUUCGGCAACGUGACCAAGGAGAUGAUACCUCCAAAGCAAAUCAUUCUCGGCCAUCUAAGCGACCAACUUGGCAUACCAGAGGCGCCUCACCCAGUCAAACUCAUAGUUGCCCGAAAGCGCUUCCCCAAGGGAAAUUAUGACGUUGAAGUCAGACAUCUGAAUCAUCUCCGAUCAAGCCUGUCCGCUCACAAGCGAAUCAUUUCUGAUCUUGCCAUAUUUACCAUUCGAAAUGAGUUGAACAUCAUAAUGCCGUGGGCGGACAUGGACUUGGAAGACUUCCUAGUCGGAGGUUAUAAAGAGAUGCAACCCACCCCUUCUCUGAAUGAUCUAAUCCAGGAGUCCAGAAAGGUUGCAUCUGCCAUUGACUUCCUGCACACACACCUCCAGCUCGACAGUGAAUGGCCCGAGUUUCACCACCAAGCAAUCUGCCACGCGGAUCUCAAGCCCCGGAAUAUUCUGGUCUUCAAACGCGAUGGUUCUUCUACCGGAGUUUGGCGAAUUACUGAUUUUGGUGUCUCGCGAAUAGCACAUCGUGAUAUGCCAGGAGAUUCAGGAUACGCCACUAGUGUCAAUAACCAUGCUCCCAGAGGGGGCGCUUACCGGGCACCAGAAGCUCAGUCUCAACGAAGAAGCGAUGUCUGGUCGUUUGGGUGCAUAUUAGUGAGGGUUUUUGCCUUAGGACUCGAUCCCGCGAGUUUGCGAGAACUUGACGAAAUGCGAAAAGGACCGCCCAAUGCACCCUUCCAUGACGAUUGCUUCUUUCAAGGAUCCCCUCCCGCUCUUAAUUCGGCUGUUGAAGCGUGGAUUAAAAAUUUGCCAGUCCAAUAUUUCGGUUCUCAUAGCCCAGUUUUCUUCGAGGAGAUGCAGAGGCUCCUUCAUUCAAUGCUUGAAAUAGACUACCACAGCCGCUCAUCGGCAAGUGAUGUUCAAAGCGGUUUACACAAACUUAAUUCCUCUACAAUAACAAACAUUACUCCUCGAAUCUCAGAAAGCCGACUGCCAGGUAGAAGAGUGGGUGUUCUUGUUGCUGUCAUACAGACUGACAAUAUCGAUCAUAUUCGCGACGUUCUGCAAGACGAUGUCGAUGUGGAGCAGUGCUACCAGGCUGACAGGCCUUUGAUAUACGCUAUUGACAUGGGAAAUUCUGCUAUAAUAAUCAACGAGCUUUCUGAGCAUCAGCGAAAAUUCCACAACCGAAAUUUGGAUGUGCGAACCCCCUCGUCCAAAAGAAAAACGCCACUCUAUCUUGCGGUCUGCAAGGGCGAUGUUGAGACUGUGAAAGCUGUGAUCGAUGCUUACAUCGAUCCUGACUCCCACGCCAGUACUAGUGCUUUGCUGAACGAACUGUGCGAGGGUAAGACUCCGCUCAUGCAAGCAGCCUUCCUUGGCCACGCCGAUGUAGUCUCAUUGCUUUUGCAACGCGGCGCAGAUCACAGAAUCUGCGUGCAGCAGGAGAAGUUCAACUGCCUACAUUUUGCCGUGAAAUCAGAUAAUCGUGCACAAGAAGACGUUAUCAGGGCAUUCAAGGAUAUCAUGGUUUUUGACCAGCUCCCCCCCGAUGAUCCUUAUAAUAGUUCAGAAACCAUUCCGAGCACGACAGCAUAUGAGACGCCAAUGAUGCUACACAUCAUACUCGCACCGAACCGACUGGAUAUAGACUCCGUGUGGACAAGGAAGUUCAAAGCACUCUUGGAAGGAGGAGCAAAUGUGAAUAGCAAAUACGGCCCCGGAAUCUAUAAUCAGAUGAGUAUCUUGGAACGUGCUGUAUGGGGUGGGAAUGUCUGCGUUGUCGAGUUGCUUCUUGGUGCGGGUGCCACUCUACCAGCAGGCUAUGUCAUACCGGGAGAAAGCUCUUCUGCGCUGAAAAAGCUUCUCAACAAUACGCGCGGCGAAUCCCGCCGGCGGCGUUUUUUUAACUUCAUUUGA